UGUAGCCCCUGUAAGUGUCCAUCAAUGUCACCUGUCAGUGCCCAUCAGUGCCACAUCAAUGCCACUUAUCAGUGUCUACUAGUGCACAUCAAUGCCACAUAUCAGUGCCUACCAGUGUACAUCAAUGCCACAUAUCAGUGCCCUUCUGUGCUGCCUUUCAGUGCCAACUAUCAGUGCCAGUCAGUUCCGACAAUCAGUGCUGCCAAUCAGUGCCACCUAUCAGUGCCAUACUUAUCAGUGCCACCUAUCAGUGCCCAUCAGUGUAGCCUAUCAUUGCCCAUCACUGCAGCCUCAUUAGCGCGCCUCAGUGAAGGAGAAAAAUCACUUAUUUACAAAAUGUUU